AGAGUACUGUCUUAUACACUUGAAAAUGGGCAGGUCUCCUUGCUGUGACGAGAGUGGCCUCAAGAAAGGUCCCUGGACCCCUGAAGAAGAUCAAAAACUUGUCAAAUAUAUCCAAAAACAUGGCCAUGGAAGCUGGAGAGCCCUCCCUAAACUUUCUGGUCUUAAUAGAUGUGGAAAGAGUUGCAGGUUACGUUGGACAAACUAUUUAAGGCCAGAUAUCAAAAGAGGGAAAUUUUCUCAAGAAGAAGAACAGACAAUUCUAAAUCUCCAUUCCGUCCUUGGCAACAAAUGGUCUGCAAUUGCAAGCCAUCUACCGGGUCGGACCGAUAAUGAAAUCAAGAAUUUCUGGAACACUCACCUGAAGAAAAAGCUCAUUCAAAUGGGUUUUGAUCCCAUGACUCACAGGCCUCGCACCGAUAUCUUCUCAAGCUUGCCUCAUCUUAUAGCCCUAGCCAACCUGAAGGAGCUCAUAGAUCACCAUUCAUUGGAAGAACAUGCUCUGAGACUACAAACAGAAACAGCACAAAUGGCAAAACUUCAAUAUUUGCAAUAUCUCCUUCAACCUCAACCUCCUGCAGCUUCUAAUACUGCAACAAGCUCAAACAACCUAAACAAUAUCGGUACUCUUAGUGACAUCGAAGCCUUUAAUCUCUUGAAUUCACUUGCUUCACUCAAGGAUAGCCCAGUGUCAAGUUUAUCCCAGUUGGAUUUACCGGCUUCCUCUCUUCAAGGGAUCAAUGAUUCAAUCCACUUCUCCCAUUUGCCUGACUUACAAAUCCCUUGCAACUAUCAAACACCACCAACCAAGGGCAUGGCUCAAGCUCCUGAGUUAACAGUGUUUAGUCAAGGAGAGAACUCGCCCAUUUCUCCAUUUCAGUUUCCUUCAUCUUCAACUCCAUUUCCUCCUUCUGCAGUUCCACCUGUAACACAGAUAUCUAGCAUGGUCAACAACUUGGGAGAUGCCUCUAGUACUUCAAGCUAUGGAGAAGAAGUUCCUUCAGUUUGGCAUGACCUCCUUGAAGACCCUUUGUUUCAUGAUAUUGCUUAGCUUAAAUUUUCAUAUAUGUGAAAAAGGUUUGGAGUUUCACCACCACUUCACUGUGUAAUAACACAACAUAUAUACACUGUUUGUAGCUGUAUGUAUACUUUAGGACAUUGCACUCAUCAUGGUAGAUAGAUUUACAUGCAUGUUUUAUAAUUUAAGCAGAGGCUUUCAUCAUGGAGUGUUACCAACCAUUUAUAUGCAAUUGAGAGACUGAUUUUACUGAAAGAUCUCAUCU